AUGCGUAUCAGAAACGGAAGUGACUUCAUCGGAUCGACUUUUUCCCAGAAAAUAUUUUUGGACUAUUUCUUUGCAUUUUAUUUUUUAGCAAUUUUCGUUUUAUCAAUCUCGAUUUUCUAUCGCUUAUUUUCUUCUGUGUCGUUCUAUUUUUCAUUGUUUGUUUUUCCCUUUCUCCUUUGCUCUCCCUUUUCCGUUUGUCACUUGCUUUUAUUCAAUGUUUUGUUCACUUCUUUAUUCAUUCAUCAUCAUCAACUCUCUCUCUCUCUCUCUCUCUCUCUCUCUCUCUCUCUCUCUCUCCUGUAUCUCAUCUCUAUCUAUCUAUCUAUCUAUCUAUCUAUCUAUCUAUCUAUCUAUCUAUACACGCGAGGAUCUAUGCUUGUGUAUUUCAAGAAGGGAUGGAGAAAAAUUAAUUGUGUAACCAUUAAUCUAUUCAUAUCUAUCUAUCCAUCUAUCUAUCUAUCUCAGUCUGAUCAUUAUCUAUCUAUGUCAGUGUGGCCAUACCACCUUCUCUCUCUCUCUCUCUCUCUCUCUAUCUAUCUAUCUAUCUAUCUACCUAUCUAUCUAUCUAUCUAUCUGUCUCUCUCAGUUUGUUCAUAUCUACCUUGGUCUAUUUGA